AUGCCGCUCUGCGCCAGCAUCCCCGCGACGGUCGACACCGACACGAACACCCGCGCCCUCUACCUGGAUGAUUUGGACAAGUGCAUGAAGAACUUUAACAGCUCCCUCGCGUCCACCAUGAACGCGUACCAAAACCUCCUCACCGCGUUUGACCAGGUGGCGCAGGUGUACGGCAACGUCGCCCAGGAGUGCGGGGAUGAGGUGCGCAAGUCGGUGGGCGAAUUCCGAGAUGGGAUCCGCGAUCUCAAGGACAAGGGCGGCUUCGAGACAUUCAACCACGAGAUUCACGUGGGCACGAUCGCCGUAAUGGAGCCGGUGAAAUUGGACCUGAAGAAGGCGCUCAAGUCGCUCAAGUGCCUGAGGCUGAAGCAGAAGGAGUACGACACCGUUCGCUACGAGCUGGAGCAGACGGAGAAGUCGUACGCAAAGCAGAGCAAGCCCUUGGCAGCGAGCAGCAGCUACAAGAAGACACUCGCGAAGCGAGAUAAGGCGAAGGCGUCGUACGAUGCGAGCCGCCAGGCCUUUGGCGAAGAGGUGAACACACUGCAGGCUACAACCAAGUCCGUUCUGCUUCAGUCCCUCAACAAUUACCUCCACUGCACGGCCGCUUUUUGUGGACAAUUGGAGGCAACCAUGGACGGCUACCGCACCGACGUGGACCACAGCGGCAGCACCACGUUCACCAACGACCAAAUGGACAAGCUGAAGGAGAAAGCCGAAGCCGAGUCGAUGGCGCGGCGCUCGCAGCGCAGGAACGAGGCGUCGAACCUGUUCCAGGCCGCAAACGACAUCACAUCGAACAACAGCCACCGCAACUUGCCUUCGGUUGAUGAUGGCCUCUACCCAAAGAGGGACUCGCUGGUGGACAAUGACAGCGCCAACCGCUACCCCAACGCUGAGCAUGCGCCGGCGAUGCAGAACGACGGUGACGACAACCUUACGCUGAGGGAUUCGUAUGACAACGAGGCGCCCGGCGAUGCCGAUGCCAUCAACCCGCUCGUUAACGCCAACGACGACGAGUGA